AUGAACUCUUUACUAAAAGCAGAAUAACCAUAUUUAGAUUAACAACGCAAAUCUACAAUCAGCCCAGAGAUACGAAAUAAUAUAUAAACUACACUACAUAGAAGGAUAAAUCAUUCUUAAGUGGAUUUAAUAACUCCUAUUACAGUUAAACAAAAUCACAAAAAGUAGGCUAUAACGCAAGGUUUACAAUAGUUGUUAAAAUCAAGUCCAUAUUCAAAAUUAGUUCAAUAAAAAUCUUAAUAAUAACUCUAAAUCUAAGAUAGUUUUUCUUAACAAUAUUUGAAUGGAUAUGCUCCUACUCCAAAUUAAUUAUCAUCACAAUUACUUUUCAAACCUGACAUUCGCACUCCUUCCUUAAAUUCCACUACAUCAAGUAGCAUUAAGCCAAGGAUGAGAAACAAUAUAAAAGAUCUAAUGCAAAAAAAAUCUUUUGAUUCUAUUAAUGUUACUUCUAAUAGAGAAAAAGAGAGAUAAACGAUUUCCCAAUUAUAAAAUAUAAUACAAAGAUCCUCAAUAUUAUUAAAAUCCUAUAAGGACGAAUUACAAAAACACAUAAAUGAAAAGUAGGACUUAAUCAAAUAAAUUUAAUUAUUAGAACAAAUUAGAAUUAAGCAAUGA